UCUUAUGAAGAGCUCUACAUCUCAACUACCACCACAACAUUUACAUUGACUUGAGCAUGAACUUAGUAUUAGUAUAGAUUCUAGAUCUGUUUAGUUCUGCUAUAGAUUUACCAUCAUUUAGUUUAUUGCUAGUCUCUAGAAUACUACAGACUAGAUCUGUAGACUCUUAGUAGAUCUAACCAUCUGAUCUUACUAGAUCUAGAGAUAGAGUUAAGAGUAUCUAAGAUCACUAUCUAAGAUCUAUUAACAACAUUAUUUAUGAUUAUUAUUCAUCAUUAUUGAUUUGAAUUGUAACAUUGUUCAAUUGAUAAUUGAUUGAGUACUAGUAAUAAGUAGUAUUGUCAGUAUUGAGUCUUGACUCAUUGAGAGAACAAAUUUGAAAAUUAAAAUGUCGGAGAUUCCAGAUGAGGGCCAAGAGUUUAAACUUCAAGCCAAUUCAGAACUUCGCUUUGAAGUGGAAGCUAAAGCAAUGGUAGAAAUUGAGAUGAUUGAAGGUCAGGCAGAAAUGUUUGGCACUGAAUUGGCAAAGAAUAGAAAAUAUUCCUUUGUUUCAGGGAGUAAGAUUGCUAUUUUCACUUGGCACGGUUGUGUUCUACAGUUGAGAGGUAAGACAGAGGUAGCUUAUAUGUCUAAAGAAACACCUAUGACAGUCUACGUCAACACACAUGCUGCACUAGAACAGAUGAGAGAAAAAGCAGAACUUGAAAACACAAGAGGUCCACGAAUUCUUGUGGUUGGUCCAGUUGAUGUAGGAAAGUCUACAUUGUGCAGGAUUCUUGUCAACUAUGCAGUUAGACUUGGAAGAUCUCCUGUUCUUGCUGAUAUUGAUGUCGGACAGGGUAACAUGGGUCUGCCUGGGACUAUUGGAGCUCUAGUAGUUGAGAGGACAGCAGACAUAGAAGAAGGUUUCCAACAAACUGCUCCACUUGUAUUUCAUUAUGGUCAUAAAAGUGCUAAUGACAACCUACAGCUGUAUAACUUAUUAGUGUCCAGAUUGGCUGAAAUCAUAAACGUCAGAUGUGAACAAAGCAAAAAGGUGAAUUGCAGUGGGGUUAUAAUUAAUACAGCAGGCUGGAUUCGAGGAGCUGGAUACGAAGCACUAAAACAAGCUGCAGGGGCUUUUGAGGUGGAUGUAAUUUGUGUCUUGGAUCAGGAACGACUUUACAAUCAGCUCAAGAGUGACCUGCCAGAUUUUGUCAAGAUUGUAUUAUUGCCCAAGUCAGGUGGAGUUGUAGAACGAUCACAAGCCACAAGAGCGGAAUCAAGAGACAAUAGAAUCAGAGAAUAUUUCUAUGGGUUGAAGAAUAAUUUUUUCCCACAUAGUUUUGAUGUGAAAUUUAAUGAUGUUAAGCUCUUCAAAGUUGGAGCUCCAUCCUUGCCAGAAUCCUGCUUACCUCUAGGCAUGAAAGUAAUAGACAAUCAAACCAAACUUGUGCCUUUGCUACCAAGCAACAAUUUGUUACAUCAUAUUCUUAGUGUCAGCGCUGCCACAACAGUUGAUCAAGACAUUGUGGAGACUAAUGUCUUAGGGUUUAUUGUUGUAACUGGCGUUGAUGUGGAAAAAGGUUUGUUUACAGUUCUGUCUCCAUCACCAAGACCUCUACCCAAGAACAUUCUACUUGUUAUGGAUAUUCAAUUUAUGGACAUUAAAUAAUUUGUAAAGAUACUAUAACACAUGAUGAUGUAGUGCACAGAAAACUCAGCUGGAUUUAGGAUGUGUGUCUACAACUAAUCUUCAACCUCAAAAGAAAAUAAAAAUGAUUCCUAUUUAAAA